AUGGACAACACCACCAACCAUCAGCCUUCUUCUUCUUCUCUGCUUCUCUCUUCGUUAAAAGAUUUACUUCCAGAAAAGAACUCGGUGAUUAUAUUCUCAAACAGAAUGAAAGGUUUGCUCGCGAAAUCAGACGGGAAGGAUAAAACCUUGGCGUUGUUGCAGUAUUUAGCCAUGUUUACGUCCAACGGAACGCCCGGGAACGCGUUGAAUUUGCAAAAAUCGUUUGGGAGCGCGAGGAAACCGUUUCGGAUUUUCAAAGAGGUGGAGUUUUUACUCCCGGUGAUUGAAAAUCCACCGGUUGGGAAUCAAGCGAAAGUGUUAGUUGCGUACUCAAAAGCGAUUGGAAUGUCGGCGUACAUGGCUUUCGAUCACAUCGUAUUCUUAGGCGCGACCGGUUUAGUCACGAACAAGCAAAUAACCGAACUGUGUCAAAAGCUCUCAUAUUACGGGUGGUUCGUCGGGUCAGUAGCUGGGUUGUACCAAAGCGCGAACGAGUUAGGAAAAUGUGUGAGAGAUGUCGCGGAAGCGGACGACGACGAGGAUAGAAAACAAGAAAUCGCAAAGGUUGCCAAGCCAGUGUUUACCGCCAUCACGACCAACACCUUGCAAGCGUUGUUAGCGUUGGCGCUUUUGGAGAAAAUUCCGAUGAAGAAGAGGAACGUAGGAGCCUUAGGGGUCGUUUUGAGCAUGUUGAACGUGUACUCUAUGUUUCCGCCGCCACCACCGCCAGAUGCCAAAGACAAAGGAGAGUAG